UGAGAAACUCGGGCUGCGCGUCUGGGGGCCGCGGCACCAGAGAGCAGCAGCAGAGCGGCCGCCCGGAGGAUCGGAUCGCCUCCGCGGGCCACUCGGCGACGUUGGCCCCGACCAGCUCGGCCCGGACGAGGCUCGGCGAGGAGCCGGGGCGGCGCUCUCCCGAGCGAGCCACGAUGGCCCUGUCCUCCCCCGUAGGGCUAGACUGCUGCACCUGCUGCCUGGACCUGGCCAGCCGCAGCGGCCAAGAGGACGGCGGCAGCGGCAGCGGCGACGGCAGCGGCGGCGGCCGCCCCGGCGGGAGCAGCGGCUCCCUGGCCAGCCCCAGCGUGAGCAACUUUCGGCAGCUGCGAGAACAGCUGCUCUUCGCCAACCUGAACGCCGACAAGCUGAACCGGAUCAUGCGGCAGGACUCGCUGGAGCCGGUGGUCCGCGACCCCUGCUACCUGCUCAACGAGGGCAUCUGCAACCGCAACAUCGACCAGACCAUGCUGUCCAUCCUGCUCUUCUUCCACAGUGCCUCCGGAGCCACCGUGGUGGCCAUAGACAACAAGAUCGAGCAGGCCAUGGACCUGGUGAAAAAUCACCUGAUGUACGCAGUCCGAGAGGAGGUGGAGAUUCUGAAAGAACAAAUCAAGGAGUUGGUGGAGAAGAACUCCCAGCUGGAGCGUGAGAACAGCCUUCUGAAAACCCUGGCCAGUCCUGAACAACUGGAGAAAUUAGAGUCUCAGCUGAGCCCCGAGACCACUCUGGAUGCCUCUGCCACCGUCGCCACUGAUGCCACCGACGCCACCGACGCCAUCACCAUCACCGCUGCUGCCGAUGCCGCAAGCUUGCCUGAGGAGGAUGCAGGCUCUGCCGUGUAAGUGGCUCUGUCCUGGGGGUGGGCAGAGCCACUGAACUUUUUUCUACCUAGCUCCUUAAGAAUAUGAUUUUUUUUCAUCAUCCCAAAGUAUCAUCUCACACGGAGAGUUGCCCAGCUAGCAUCCGCUGGUGCUGAGAUGUUCGAAGGGCAGCCCCUCAUGGGCCCUCUGAAGAAAGAGCUCUUUUUGGAAGUUGAGUCACACUAAGAGAUGAUAACCCCAGCUCACACCCACUGGCCCCGGGACGACCAAGGCAUGCACCUUGGCUAUUCCUGAAAUCCGAACAGGGUUGUACGCAUUGUUGUCGUGGUUUUUUUUUUUGGUUGUUGUUAUUUUUUUGUUUUUUUUUUUUUUUGUUUUGUUUUUAAAUAAAACCUGUUUUUAAAUGGAAACCAGCAGCAGUUAAGAGAGGGUCAGGCCUGCUUCAGCUGAAAGGCCCCUAGUGGUUUUCGUAGCAAGUUCUGCUUUUUGCUCUGUGGUAGCAGCUCUGUGGCAACAGUCGGGGCCCACUUUUUGACACCCAUUCUAAUACCUUCAAGACUGGGUCUUUACUUGUUCAAAUGUAGACUGAAAUUUCAAUAAACUUUUCUAAAUAGAAAA